AUGUACGAAGGGAUUGACAACCUGAAAUCCCUUUACGACCGUGCCGGGAAGACUUUCUCCGGCGGUCCUUCUGCGGCACAGGAUGUGCCGCGUCGUACUGCUCGACCAGACCCAGUACGUCAACCAUCAGUUGGGAGCGGGGCUCCAAAGUAUCCCAGGACGGGGGAUAGCCGCUUCACCGGACGAGAUAACUCGUCCGACGUCCGUUCACGUCGCGCGUGUAUCCCCGAGAGCCUCUUUGAUCGCGUAACGCAAGGGUUACGCAACGAUCUCGAACAUGAGCGGGACAGGCGUUUCCAACUGGCGGACACUGUCUUGAAGCAUCGAGCUGAGUUUGCCUUUGCUCAGCUUGAGAACGAGAGAGCUCUGACGUCUCUGCGUGACGAGCUAAGAGUAGCUCGUGGGAUUGUUGAUCGGUCUCGGGCUGAGAUAACUGCUCUUCAGACCCUUGUCGACGCCCACCAUCGGGAGCACAAGGCUCUCUGCGAGAUUCUUGAGCGCAAGGGCGUUCUUCAUCGGAAGAAGCAGCGUACUGAUGGUACGGCUUAA